CCGGACUACGGAGGAGGAGAGGAAAGAAACUACAUUUAUUUCCCCGAAAAUUACCGAAUUUCUCUGUUCUCCAAUAAACAAAACGCCAAAUGAGUAAUCGGAGCUUCAGUAGAACAUAGUGGAAUUCGGUCUCCGCUGAAUGAGUAAAACUAGUCACCAAAAGGCUGAUAAAGCCAUAAGGGUGGUGCAGAGUCCUGGUGCUUCAGGAUGCUGGUGGAGCUGAGCGAGUGGUUCUGGCAGGAGCGGCUGUGGUUUCCGGAGGGUCUGGGCUGGGCUGACCUGGAGGAUCGGGAUGGACGAGUUUACGCGAAGGGCCGUGAUUUAUGGGUGGCGCUUCCCAUUGCGCUGGUAUUCCUCAUUAUCCGGCAAAUCUUUGAAAGGACAGUGGCGACACCUCUGGCCUCUCUACUCGGCGUGAAAGAGACGGUUCGGCUCAAAGCGCCUCACAUCCCCUCCCUCGAGUCCUAUUACUGUAGAGUGACCAAAAACCCAACACAGUCUUCAAUAGCAAGCCUUUGCAAACAGACGGGUUAUUCAGAAAGACAAGUGCAGCGGUGGUUCAGACGGAGGAGGAACCAGGACCGACCGAGUUUGCUCAAGAAGUUCCGAGAAGCCAGUUGGAGAUUUACCUUUUACCUUCUUGCUUUCAUUGCUGGCCUGGCCGCCCUCAUCGAUAAACCUUGGCUGUAUGACACGAAGGAGAUGUGGCAAGGCUUUCCUGUGCUGACUCUGCUGCCAUCUCAGUAUUGGUACUACAUGAUCGAGCUGGGGUUCUACGGCUCUCUGCUCUUCAGCGUGGCUUCUGACGUCAAACGUAAAGACUUUAAAGAGCAGAUAGUUCAUCACGUAGCGACCAUCCUCCUCAUCAGCUUCUCCUGGUGUGUGAACUACAUCCGUGCUGGAACUCUAAUCAUGCUGGUGCACGACUCCUCCGAUUACUUCCUCGAGUCUGCUAAGAUGUUCAACUAUGCUGGGUGGAGAAACGCCUGUAACUACAUCUUCAUCAUUUUUGCUGCAGUCUUUAUCGUCACACGCCUCAUUUUUUUCCCCUUCUGGAUCAUUUACUGGACCUGGGUUUACCCAGUGACCAUCUACCCGCCUUUCUUCGGCUACUACUUUUUCAAUGGCCUGCUUAUGGUUCUGCAGUGUCUCCAUAUCUUCUGGGCCGUUCUCAUCAUCCGCAUAGCAAUCCGCUUCCUCACCAACAACGUAAGCAAAACAUAUGUGUAGAUACGCAGCUUUUAU